AUGACUAGCCUGGACGACACAAUCAUCUCUCCUAAGAAUUUAAUGUUACUGGAUAACGUGACCAACUACACAAAGGAAGCCAUAGAUUACUUCAAUUACGAUUUCAAACCAUCGCAUUACCUCCAGGGAGUGCCCCUCUCUUGCUCUCUACUGGCAAAGAUGAGCAAACACAACUUGCUACGUCUCCCCAGUUGUUCCAUGGAGGAACCCAUAGAUUAUUCCAUUUAUUUAACACGUCUUCAUAAUGCCCUAUGGAGACGGUGGUCCAUAAAUCAAUUCAAUUUGCAUGAUCGUAAAUGCAACCCCUUGCAAUUGGAUUGGAACAAAGAAACUGAUAUGACAGUGUUGUAUGGUCCGGAUUUGGCUGGUUUCAUCGCCUCAGACCAAACACCAGGUUCAUUAAUGAAUCAAAAGACGAUAUUGGCUUCGUAUACACCAACAAUUGGUGACAAGUUUGAAGAUAUUUUGGAAGUACAAGAGUUAGAAGUACGGUCCGAUGAUGAAGGGUCACAAUCGGAUAUGGGUUUGGAGUAUGCUUCUUCUUGGGACUCCACAACUUCUUCCAUCUUUGAUGAUGAUGAUAAUGAUGAUUAUUAUGAUAGUGAAAUGCUGGAGGCUGAAGUGAAGAGUGCAACAACGAUACAGGAGCGUAGGAAGAGGAAGGUUCUUUUUGAUAAUACCGUCUUGAGAAGAGAUAUCGACUCAAGAGGUUACUUCUUAGAAUCACAUACAAUAAUUAAUGACAUACCGAUGCAAGAAGAACUCAGUGUCAAUUAUAAAGAUCAUACGCAUAAAAAACAUCGUCAUCACCAUAAUCACCACCACCACCACCACCAUCACCAUCACGAACAACAACAAGAAGAACUUUUAACGAAUAACACCAUCAUACAUUAUUAA